UGGGACAUGAGACACCAUGAUGUAAAUGGCAGACGUUGACAUGACUGCAAGUGAUCUCUGUCCACCCGUGGGACCUCUGAGUUCACAGCAUCCAAAUAAUGAAUAUGUAAACAAACCCUUCAGUCCGCCCAUGUGCUCUUAAUUGCGGAAUACUUCUGAAGAGUCCCGUUGCAGUGGCAAACAAAGAAUGGGCGUGAGUUGUCCCUCGGAAGGGAGCCCAGAGACUCAUGCUUGUGCACCACCGAUCUGAGAACUCAGUUCACAGUCUGAGAGAGACAGGGAGCAUACCAGCGAGAUGGAUUGCACAGGAUUUGGAACAACAGCUGCCUGAAUACUUUCCCAAAAACAACUCAGACGCCCAGGAGGGAGGGUAGUUACCGCCGGAGCGACUCGGAGUGCGUCUGUGUGUCAGAGGUGCUUAGAGAAAGCGAGGGAGCAUCGCAGUAGCGGAAUAGAGAGAGAGAGAGGAGAGAGAGAGGGAGAGUGGAGAGAAGGUACCAAGUCCGGACCAGGUGACCGAGAACUAACAAACCUCCAAGGGGCUGCCGGGUAGUAUCAGUGUGCGCGGGAUCAACGAUCCGACCAUGGUGCCCUCGCGCUGCCCGGGACCCUGCGCCGUACUGGCACUGGUCCUUCUCUUGGGAUGCGGCUUGGCUUUCUGCCUCGGCCAGAAUGAUACGGAGCCCAUCGUGCUCGAAGGAAAAUGUCUUGUGGUUUGCGACUCUAACCCUUCCUCGGACGGAGGGGUCACCUCCUCCCUUGGCAUAUCCGUCCGCUCCGCUGGGGCAAAAGUGGCUUUUUCCGCCGUGCGUGGAACCAACCACGAGCCGUCAGAGAUGAGCAACACGUCUAUGACCAUCUACUUUGACCAGGUUUUAGUGAACAUCGGCAACCAUUUCGAUCUCAAAGCGAGUGUUUUCCAGGCUCCGAGGAGGGGGAUAUACAGUUUCAGCUUCCACGUGGUGAAGGUCUACAACAGACAAACCAUACAGGUGAACCUGAUGCAGAACGAUUAUCCAGUUAUAUCAGCAUUCGCCGGUGACCAGGACGUUACGAGAGAGGCGGCGAGCAACGGAGUACUGCUGAUGGUGGAACGGGAGGACCGCGUCUCCCUGAAGCUGGAACGAGGCACCUUAAUGGGCGGAUGGAAAUACUCCACCUUCUCAGGCUUUCUAGUGUUUCCUCUAUAAUCUAACCUGCGAUGAUCCACGUCGCAAGAGACUCUGAAAAAGAAAAAAAAAAGAAGAAAAAAAAAACCCAUGCCAUUUACUUUCAACUUAAAUAACUGUCUGCCAAGGAAGCCGACGAAUAUCUGUAUACUUACACUCGUCCACUAUCUAGUCAAAUAUGAACGUUUCCUUGGAGUUUCAUAUAUUCGAAUCCAUCAGUCGACUUUAACGAAAUCUGGAUGAUUAAAAGUAUUGAUCGGCCAGGGGCGUGUGCUUGUCGGGAAUGUGGAUUUUUUUCCUUUUUUUUUCCUUGCUUGGAAAACAAACUUUGCCAACAGACAAACGGGUGUACCUGGGAAAACGGACAAGGGCGAAGAUGAUGAGUGGAGGAACUGACGUCCUGGACAGGCCGAGUGUGUCAUGCUCUAUUUUAUGUUUGUAUAGCCUUAAAGAAUAUAUGGUUUUCGUGAAGUAUAUGGAAUUAUGGACAACCAGAGAAGAAGUGCUCUCACGCCCAAGGCAUUUUUUUUUUGCACGAAUGGAAGUUUUUACUUUAUGUUUCGUGCCGUCAAUGGUGUUGCGUUUGGAUGCUGAACAUAUUGAAACCUAAGCCAAAUGUAGGCCGCCGAAGAGUUUAUUAAAAGAGGAAAAAAAGGCGACAUAUUUCAGCCACCGCGACAACUUAGAGCCCUUUUAUUAAAGCAUAAUUAUAUAAUUUAUAAAGUACAUAUUCACAUUAUUGUGUGUUCUACAUUUCGGAAUCUGCGUAGCUUUGACGGAUUUAAUGUUCAGUGACGUUGCUGACCAAAUGUACAUUGUGGAAAUAAUAGACAAAUCCCUAAAUGUCCCGCUUAAUAAAAGAUAUUGUAUUGUAUA